AUGUCAGAAGUUGGAUCUACAUCAAAUGCGUCUAUUCAUUGUAAUGCAAAUGAUGAUGGGAAAAAUAGAAGUCGUUAUUUUUUACAUCAUAAUGGCCCAGAUCAUUCUCAAGGACGAUCAUUGAGUUCCUUCAAGCAGCAUAUGUCUAGUAGUGCGUUAAGUCAUUUAAUAUCAAAUGCUAGUCAAAAACAUCUAACUCGACAACAUAAAACAACUCAUCGAUUUAAAUACUCCAGUGUUGGUAGUCUUUCACAUAAUCAAGUACAUUUACAUAAGGAAAGCAAUAAUCAUUAUCAAACUGAUGAUAGAGUUUUUGAAGUUCUUUUAAAAGGACAUGUUUUUGUACGUGCUACUUGUUCAUGA